AUGGGAAGUAUAGUCUCGGAUUCUCAGCAGGCAAGGCUGUGCUGUCGUCGCAACCAGUUGACCAAUACCGCCGGGGUUGCUCCAGGGUACUUACAGGCCAACCUUUUGGUGCUUCCUGCGAAAUAUGCAGCCGAUUUCCAUGACCUGUGUCUUCGGAACCCAGUGCCUUGUCCUCUGUUGGGAAUGACCGUGGUUCCUGGCGACCCCAAGCAUAUCCGACCAGCUCAAUGCAUCCAGUCCCAAGACUUUGACAUUCGGACCGACUUUCCCCGAUAUCGAGUAUAUUCAAGUGGCAAACACAUCGACACUCGCCAUGACCUAUUGGAUUCGUGGACUGACGAUCAUGUGGGCUUUUUGAUCGGGUGUUCCUUUUCUUUCGAAGAUGCCCUGACGGCAGCUGGCCUGCCACCACGUCACCAGAAAACGGGAACCAUUGUUGCCAUGUAUCGAUCCAACAUUCCUUUACUGCCAGCGGGGAUCUUUACUGGAGGCUACUGCAUUGUAUCUAUGCGACCGUAUCGUCCAGAGCAGAUUGAAAGAGUCAGAGAGAUCACAAGGAUAUAUCGGUCCACGCAUGGCGAGCCGGUAGCCUGGGGUUGGGAUGGUGCGAAGCAACUCGGAAUUAGUGAUGUCAAUGCACCAAACUUUGGCGAAGCACAAAUAUUUGAAGAGGGGGAGGUUCCUGUGUUCUGGGCGUGUGGAGUGACGCCUCAAAUGGCAGUCGAGGCUGCAAGUAGCAAGAUUGAUGGACUGGUCUUUGCCCAUGAGCCUGGACACAUGCUGAUCACCGAUUGGACAGCAGAUGAUUUGAAGAGCCUCGCGCCUGGGAGCAUAUAA